ACGCUCGCUCUUUGAUGACACCCUCUGUACCUGCUUUCAGAGUUUGUACAUGCAAGAGAACUGUGUCGGAAAAUUAGCAAUGGAAGAAAAAACCUUUAGGAGAACAGCAUCCAUACCCCAGUUUACCAAUUCCCCAACAAUGGUGAUCAUGGUGGGUUUACCUGCUCGAGGCAAGACCUACAUCUCCACAAAGCUCACACGCUAUCUCAAUUGGAUAGGAACACCAACUAAAGUUUUUAAUUUAGGCCAGUAUCGACGAGAGGCAGUAAGCUACAAGAACUAUGAAUUCUUUCGCCCGGACAACAUGGAAGCCUUACUUAUCAGGAAGCAGUGUGCCCUGGCAGCCCUGAAGGAUGUUCAUAACUAUCUCAGCCAUGAGGAAGGUCAUGUUGCGGUUUUUGAUGCCACCAACACUACAAGAGAACGACGGUCCCUGAUUCUGCAGUUUGCUAAAGAACAUGGUUACAAGGUCUUUUUCAUCGAGUCCAUUUGUAAUGACCCUGGCAUCAUUGCAGAAAACAUCAGGCAAGUGAAACUCAGCAGCCCUGAUUACUUAAACUGUGACCGGGAAAAGGUUCUGGAAGACUUUCUAAAGAGAAUCAAGUGCUAUGAGGUCAACUACCAACCUUUGGAUGAGGAACUAGACAGGCACCUGUCCUACAUCAAGAUCUUUGAUGUGGGCACACGCUACAUGGUGAACCGAGUGCAGGACCACAUCCAGAGCCGCACAGUCUACUACCUCAUGAACAUUCAUGUCACACCCCGCUCCAUCUACCUGUGCCGGCAUGGCGAGAGCGAACUCAACCUCAGAGGCCGCAUCGGAGGCGACUCAGGCCUCUCAGCUCGGGGCAAGCAGUAUGCCUAUGCCCUAGCCAACUUCAUUCAGUCCCAGGGCAUCAGCUCCCUGAAGGUGUGGACCAGCCACAUGAAGAGGACCAUCCAGACAGCUGAGGCCUUGGGCGUUCCCUAUGAGCAGUGGAAGGCCCUGAACGAAAUCGAUGCGGGUGUCUGCGAGGAGAUGACCUAUGAAGAAAUCCAGGAACACUACCCUGAAGAAUUUGCACUACGGGACCAAGAUAAAUAUCGCUACCGCUAUCCCAAGGGAGAGUCCUAUGAGGAUCUGGUUCAACGUCUGGAGCCAGUUAUAAUGGAGCUAGAACGACAGGAGAAUGUACUGGUAAUCUGCCACCAGGCUGUUAUGCGGUGCCUUCUGGCCUACUUCCUCGACAAAAGUUCAGAUGAGCUUCCCUAUCUCAAGUGCCCUCUGCACACAGUGCUCAAACUCACACCUGUGGCUUAUGGCUGCAAAGUGGAGUCCAUCUACCUGAAUGUGGAGGCCGUGAACACACACCGGGAGAAGCCUGAGAACGUGGACAUUACCCGGGAACCUGAGGAAGCCUUGGAUACUGUCCCUGCUCAUUACUGAGCCCUUUCCAAGAGGUCAGGCUGUCUCUGUCCUCACUGUCUUCCACCUUUAGGAACUCCUAUCAUUGCCCUUCUCCUACCCUGAGAAGAUUCUGACCUUGGUCUCACUGGGAGAGCCCUGCUUCCAAUGAAGAAGUCCUCAGAAGCUCCAAACUAGAUCUCAAUUCCUGACCACAACCAAGGAGCUAUCUAGCUCUGGAUAAAGCUCUUUCUUUCUUAAUUUCUAUUCUCUUAUCAAUGAAGACUUCUUGUACUGCCUACAGGAGAGGAGGAGGUCAUGAUGAGGUUUCUCCCAUUGUUCUCAAGAUCCUGAGUCUGAUCCUGACCCAGCUUUGGUGGUGUGGGGGUGUGGAGUGGGCAAGGUCUUCCUGGAAGGAAGAGUUCUGAGGUAGCAUCUCCAAAGAUGGGGGAGAGGAUAGGUCCCUGUGAGUGCCUAUGGACCUUGUUCCUUGGUGUGCAGGGUAGCAGGAGGCAUGACACCUUCAUCUUUACACUUAGGGAAGAAUUUGGCACUUGGGCCAAGUGCUCCACUCUUCUCCAACUCUUGCUGCCAUCCUGAGUGAUUUCACUGUCCAUGAGUAUGACCCAGCCAAUGCCCUGGCCUCCCAGUCCCUUGACCCCCUCAACUCGUGAUCUUCUCCCUUUCAUCCAUCCACUUCAUGGACCUUGGAAUCUUCUCCCUAGUCUAGCUUCUUCAAUGCAAGCAUCCCACUGUGUGACUACUGCCCACCCCCACCCUGGUCCUUACAACUCUCUGCAUCAUCCACAGGAUCCCUAGCAGCAUGCCUUCAAAAAUUAAGCCUGCAUGGAAUAUUUCUUGAAUGAAUAAUAUUUGUUCUUGUAUUGCACCAAGAAUAUAGACCUUUGAUUCCUCCAUUGUCUCCCAGUCCAUCAGUCCUCUCCCUCUUCAAUGUUCUUCCAUCCCUAAUCAGCUUGGAUCCUAUGGUCCAUCUCUUCAGCCACUCUUCAUGCACCUACUAUGGGCCAGAUACCAGUGACCCAGUGGAAAAGAGACAGAUUCAUACACUUGCUGCCUUUGUUUCCUUGUCCUUCCAUCACAACCACCCAGCAAGACCCAAACCUUGUAAAAUCCACAUCUCCUUUUUUGGUUGGGAUCUACUACAGGGUUGUCAAUCAUUGCUUGAAGUAGAUAUAUAUUUAUCUGUUUCCAUAACCACCCUUAAAUCCUGUUCAAAGUCAGGGUCACCCACAAUUCUCUGGUACCCUAUCCCAUCCCACCUUCUCAGAAAUGGGCUAUUCAGUCAAUUCCUGACUCUUCCAUGUCUAUCUUUUGUCCCUUUUUAUUGGCCUUUGCCCCACAGUCUAUGCCAUAUGUUCAAGUCUUUUUCUCCUAUCUCAGGAACACCCUCCCUUGUUCCUAUGUCCACUCCUAGUUACCUCCCUCUCUAUCCCUCCGUUCUUACACAAAUGACUCAAAAUGAAUCUAUACUUACUGUCCAGAACUGUCUCCCUUUGCCUUCUGCUCCAGGCUUUCCCCCUCUAUGUCUUUGCUCAAGCUAUUAUGCCCUUGCCUGCCAUGCUUUCUCCAAGCCUCUAUCCCAAUGAAGUCAUAUUUGCCCUUUAGCCUAAAGCUGAAGCCUUACCCUCCCCAAAUAGCCAUGCUGAUAUCUAGCUCUUCUACAAACCCAAAAUGUCACUCACAACUACUUACGCACAUUAACAAACAAAAAAAUCCAAUUCAUUUUGCAAAUUUAAUGUAACUCUGAUACCAAAAUAUGACAGCACACAGAAGGAAAACAAUAAAGCAGGAA